GUUUGCUCUGAGGAUAUCAAUUAUGAGAUGCAUUAUCAUCAUUCUUUUGGAUAAUAUCCAAAUCCUCUUCGUCUAAUCAGAAAUGGCAGGUGGCUUCGCUAGCGACACAGCAGCCUUCUUGGACGCCGACACGCGUGUAGUGCCUCACCGUGCUCUGGAACAUCUCUCCUCUCUUUCCGCUGCGUCUCUCCAGGCUUUGGCGAGCGCUGCAGCCGCUGAAUUGAUUGGAAACUCUUGUUCCGGUAACACAUACACCGAACAACAGAUAUCGGUCGACAACGAGGCCUUGGCAGCCAUGUCUGCUAUCGUCGUGACUCUAGCUAGAGACGGAGGGGUACGAACACCGGUGGAUCAACGUGCACUUAGGCAACAGCUCUACACUCUUGGUGUGGAAGACGAGGACUUGCAGAUGAAACUCAUACCAGUGUUGGCUUCGGUGGUGCCAAGUGUGGAGCGUGUUCUACAAAAUACCAGCUUUGACUUCGCCCACGUGGUGGAUGUGAACUGGAGACUGGACUACGUACUGCGCUCGAGUAGUGCUGGCAGCGUUCACGAACCACUAUACUUCGUGCAUCUAAAACUGCAGUCACCUCAUACCAACGAUCCAGGGCUUCAGACUGUGGCGUUCUUAUGCUCAGUGGAAGAGCUGCGGUCGCUCGUGUAUCGUGUCCAAGAAGCUGCCAACGAGGUGGAAAAACUUACGACUGGAAACCCUUCCCAGCUUCGAACUAGCACUUGAGGGAAGUAAAACAAGGCAGAAGAAGCUAAAAUGUAGCUAUUACAACUGGAUCAAAGCUGUUUUGAACAACUUUGAGACUCAGUAGCCAUAGCGGUCGUUGUUCUGGCUAAUAACAACGCGACCCUUUUCGAGCAAUUGAAUGUCCUUCUCAAGCUGCGUCAGCUCCCUCUCGAACGUCUCUUUUCGC